UAGUUGUCUCAAUAUGAUGUACAUGUUUAUAAGAUUUAGUUUGUAUAUUGUUGAAGUGUUUUAAUUUUUUCCUCUCCAGGAAUAUGCUGAACUUCUGCAUGAAUUUAUGACUGCAGUCAAGCAGAACUAUGGGGAGAAAGUCCUCAUUCAGUUUGAAGACUUCGCAAACCAUAAUGCUUUUGAUCUGCUUGCAAAGUAUGGCAAUACACAUCUUGUUUUCAAUGAUGACAUACAGGGGACAGCAUCCGUGGUCCUUGCAGGGCUUAUGGCAGCAUUAAAGUUAGUUGGGGGAACCUUAGCCGAGCACAUAUUUCUGUUCCUUGGAGCAGGAGAGGCUGGCACUGGCAUUGCAGAACUCAUAGCUCUGGAGAUGUCAAAACAGACUAAGGCCCCAUUAGAAGAAAGCCGCAAGAAGAUAUGGCUUGUUGACUCAAAGAUAAUUAAGGAUACAACCUAAGAAGCAUGGACAUGG